AUGGUUGAGGAGGCCAAAUACCGGUGGCUUGGGGGAAUCUAUCACUGCGAUGGACGACUUCGGGUUUAUUGGUCCGACGGCGAGCCAGGUCGGGCAGACCCUAUGACCAUACGUGGAUAUGACCCCCUCAGUAAAGAAGAUGGCUGGCUAAAGUCAACUAUCCCACUACUGAUCUACGAGAGAGUCAUCGACCCGCCGAAACCCAGUUUGCUUUUCUGGGGAGCUCACAUUACCCAUAUGCUGAAGAAUGUCAAUGAAAAGCGGCCUGCUCUUCACGGUCACACCCUUCCUGCCCGUCCGCGCUAUCUCGCAAAGAAAAUGCACAAGGAUCGCCGAUUGCCUAGCCUCGGUGAUCGGUGCUUCGAGAUUCAUCGGCCGGAUGCAGGGAGCCAGCUCGAACUAAAUCCUUUCGUCGGAAAUUCGGAAUCCAAUCUCUACUCUUUGAUGAAGGUCAACCCUUUUCACUCAGAGGUCCCGGGUCUCUUUGAGGCUGUAGCGAAGACCCCUUUGCCAGAGUUGCCUCCUGGUGUCGCGCCAGAACUGCCAAUCUACCCCUUACCGGAUCCCGUCCAGACCUUCGACUCGUUAUUGAGUAGUCCGGAUAUUUACUUUCAGAAUCCGCAGACAUGGUCAUUGGGCCCUAUGGAGGUACGAGAGCGCCGCGUUGAUCCCGGAGAUGAGGAAGAUUGGGAAGGCUUAGAAGAUUGGCUUGAGUACGGUGAGCUGCCGCCGGUGCCAAUGGAGCCUCUAGUGCCUCCACUGCCUCCACUGCCACAAGGAAGGGGAGGAAGUGGAAAUGAUACGCAAGUAGACAAACGGGCGGAAGCACAACAGGCCGAAGCAGAUGCGAAAGCAAAGGAACAACAAAUGGCACAGGAGAUGUGGAUGCAGUGGAUCAACUUCAGUCCGAGUCAAUCUCAGAAAUCCAGCGCGGAUAGCAAUAAAUCGAUCAAGUCUACCAGGAGCACCAGGAGCACCAGGAGCAACGACAACGACACGCAUAUGAGUGGGACGUCGGUCGGACCCCGUUCGGGGAGGAGACGUGCAGGUACAGGCACAGGCGCAGGGGUUGAGCAAAGAGGGACGAAACACCGAGGCAAGAACAGGUGA